CAAACUUAAAAAUCUGGAAUUUAUCUUAUCCAAGAGGUGGACCCACAAUAUCAAAGAAUAUGCUGAGGUGUCACAAAGCUAUUGACUGAUAACCAUCCUCGAAAUCUCUAAUGUCGUCCACAAAACCAAUCUAUUUCAUGUUUUGUGGAUGUUAGAAAUAAAACAAAGGAGCUCAGUUUGGCAGAAAGAAGCAAAGAAGAAAAAUGGCCGCAACAUUUGGAACCCCAUCGACGGUGAUAGGUCUCGGAGGAUCAUCUGUUUCUCCCAUCAAGGCCAAAGCUCUCUCUUCAUCUUUUCUAAAACCAACAUUAAGAGCGAAGAACGCUCUGAAAGUCGCUGGAGCAUCGGGCGGAAGAUUCACUUGCUUUGAGAGGAACUGGCUGAGGAGAGAUCUGAACGUGGUGGGGUUCGGGCUUGUCGGGUGGCUAGCUCCGUCUAGCAUUCCGGCGAUAAACGGGAAGAGCUUGACGGGUCUCUUCUUUGAGAGCAUAGGAACUGAGCUCGCUCACUUCCCAACACCUCCAGCUCUCACUUCUCAGUUCUGGUUGUGGCUGAUCACUUGGCACUUGGGCCUCUUCAUAUGCCUCACCUUCGGACAAAUCGGAUUUAAGGGCAGGACUGAAGAUUACUUCAAGAAAUAAAUCAUUCCCUCUUGUUCCAUCUGUACUUAUUAUCUUACUCUCUCUCUCUCUUGGUUCUGUGUAUUAGUAUGACUCAGAAUGAAGCUUGCUUUCGUUUCCUAUAUUUGAUGUUUCAUUCAGUGCCGACCAGUGUUUACAAAACCGGUUCGAUCACCGGGUUCAACCAUGAUGUUAUUCUUAAUAAAAUUAUUAAACUCA